AUGGGCACUGCACCCGCGACUAUGCCACCCGUGACGCAGUUGCCGCCUGGCACCACCGCCCCUGGCCCGAUGGGUGCGCCCAUGUAUGCCGCUCCCACCGGCCCGGGUGGUGCGCCCAUGCCCGCCGGAACCGACGGUGCACCCGUGUAUGCAGCUCCCACCGGCCCUGACGGUGCCCCCAUGGGUGCGCCCAUGUAUGCAGCUCCCACUGGUCCGGGUGGUGCUCCCAUGGCCAUCGGCCCCGAUGGUCAACCCAUGCCAGUCGGUCCCGAUGGUCAACCCAUGUACGCUGCCCCAAUCGGCCCCGACGGUCAACCCAUGUACGCAGUCGGCCCCGACGGUCAACCCAUGGCCGUCGGUCCCGACGGUCAACCGAUCGGGCCUGACGGUCAACCCAUGUAUGGCGCCCCCAUCGGACCUGACGGUCAGCCCAUGUAUGGCGCCCCCAUCGGCCCCGACGGUCAACCCAUGUAUGGCGCACCCAUCGGCCCUGACGGUCAACCCAUGUACGGCGCCCCCAUGGGCCCCGACGGUCAGCCCACGUUUGGCCCUGGACCUGGCGGUGCGCCCAUGCCAGGCGACGGCCAGACCAUCAUGGGCAACACGUACCAGGUGAAGGUCCCAACGCAGACCAUGAGGGAUGACAGCAGCGCCACUACCACGCAGUGGCCGGCCGCGUACCAGCAGAUCCAGGUUGAUGGCGAGACGCAGUAUGUUGCCGGCAAGACGGAGGAGGUCAACGCACCCGCACAGGUCGGCACCCAGCGAGUGGAGCAGACCGUGGCUGGACAGAGGAAGCAGCAGAUCGUGGAGAUUCCGCAAGUCCAGGAGGUUGUGGAGGAACAGGAGAUCCCCGAGGUGCAGGUUGUGCAGAAGGUGGUCGAGGUCCCUCAGAUUGUGCAGCAGCCCGUGGAGCAGAUCGUGGAGCAGGUCGUUCAGGUGCCGCAGGUCAUCCAGCAGCCGAAGGUCUCCCAUCGCCACGUUGAGCAGUUGGUCGAUGUCCCUGUGCCGCAGAUCGUGGAGGAGGUUGUCCACGUGCCGGUGACGCAGACGCAAGCUCGCCACUACCAGGUGCCCGUGGAGCAGACGGUGGAAGUUCCAGUGCCCAUGAUGCAGGAGCAGCAGGUGCAUGUUCCCAAGGUGAUGACCCAGAAGCGCCAGAUGCACCAGCACGUUGAGCAGGUCGUGGAGGUUCCUGUGCCCAUGACCCAGGAGGAGGUCGUGCACGUCCCCAAGAUCAUGACGCAGACCCGGGUCAUGCAGCAGCACGUGGAGCAGGUCGUGGAGGUCCCGAUCCCCAUGACCCAGGAGGAGGUUAUUCACGUGCCUGAAAUCAUCACACAGACCCGCAUCGUGCACCAGCCAGUGGAGCAGAUCGUUGAGGUGCCGGUCCCAGUGGCGCAAGAGCAGGUUGUCCCCAUGCCCCAGGGCGCACCCUACGGAGCCCCGCAGACCAUGGCGGCGCCAGGGCAGCCACAGGGCGCGCCUUAUGGCGCACCGCAGACAAUGGCGGCCCCAGGGCAGCCGCAGGGCGCACCCUACGGCGCCCCGCAGAAUAUGCUGGCCCCAGGGCAGCCGCAGGGAGCACCCUACGGCGCACCGCAGACCAUGAUGGACCCAAACCAGCCGCAGGGCGCACCCUACGGGGCCCCGCAGACCAUGAUGGCUCCAGGGCAGCCGCAGGGCGCACCUUACGGGGCACCGCAGACUAUGGUCCCGGGGCAGCAGGGCGCACCAUACGGGGCACCGCAGCCCAUGCCAGGUCAGGAGCAAGUCAUCCAAGUGCCAAAGAUCAUGACCCAGACGCGCGUGAUACAGCAGCACGUGGAGCAGGUGGUCGAGAUCCCAAUCCCGCAGACCCAGGAGCAGGUGGUCCAUGUGCCCAAGAUCAUUCCGCAGGAGCGCAUCGUCCACCAGCAUGUGGAGCAGGUUGUGGAGGUCCACGUGCCCAUGACCCAGGAGCAGGUGGUGCACGUGCCGAAGGUGAUGCAGCAGGAGCGUGCCCAUCACUUCCACGUGGAGGAGAUUGUGGACGUGCCGGUGGAGCAGCACAUCGAGCAGGUCGUGCACGUGCCGAAGGUCCAGAAGGUGGAGAAGAUUGUCCACAACCCCGUUGACCUGGAGGUGGAGGUGCCUCGCCCUGUGGUGAUCGAGAAAGUCGUCCAGGUGCCCACCGUCCACGUGGAGGAGAAGGUCGUCCGCGUGCCGAAGGUGCUGAACACCGUGGUGGACACCGUGGUCCAGAACACUGUUGAGACCGUGGAGGUUGUGAAGCCAGUGGUGGUCCACAAGGUGGUCCAGCGAAAGAGGCCCAUCGUGCAGGAGGAUACCGUGCAGGUGCCCAAGGUCGUCGUGCAGCAUGUCCCUGUGCAGAAGGUCGUGGAGAAGCAGGUGUCCGUCCCUGUCGUGCAGGAGGUCGAGCAAAUUGUUGAUGUGCCGGUCGUCAAGCAGAGGCACCUGCCCAUGGUCCAGAAAGUCGAAAAGCAGAUUCAGGUGCCCCAAAUCCAGUACAUGGACCACCACGUGGAAGUGCCCAUCCAGAAGCAGGUGCAUGUUCCCAUGGUCCAGACUGUCCAGAAGCAUAUCGAGGUGCCCCAAGUCGUUUUCGAGGAUGAGGUCGUCCACGUCCCCAUCCAGAAGCAGGCCCCAAUUUACAACAAGCUCUUCCGCAAGCAGGUCCAGGUGCCCAUGGUCCAGAAGGUGCAGAAGACGGUGGAGGUGCCGCAGGUGCAGUACGAGGACCAGGUCGUCCAGGUCCCCGUCCAGAAGCAGGACCAGAUCGUGGAGGUGCCCGUGCAGAAGGUGGUGCACGUCCCCGUCGUCCAACCGGUGCAGAGGCCAGAUGGGCGCCCCAGGGCAGAUGGGAGGCCCAGGGCAGAUGAUGGGCCCAGGCCAGAUGAUGGGCCCAGGCCAGAUGGCCGGCCCAAUGCAAACGAUGGGUCCAGGCCAGAUGGCACCGACCCCAUAUGGGGCGUCAUCGACGCAGAUGGCCCCGCCCGGCACCUACGGCGCGCCGAUGCAGGGACCGGGAGCCGCCAGUCCUGUGCAGAGCUCCACGAUGCAGGCGGCGCCGAGGCAAGGGCUGUCCAGCUGACGGUUGAGGUGCCUCAGAUCCAAUACGAGGACCAGGUCGUGCAGGUCCCCAUCCAGAAGCAGGUUCACGUGCCCAUGAUCCAGACAGUCCAGAAGACAGUGGAGGUGCCACAGAUCCAGUACAUGGACAAGGUGGUUGAGGUGCCAGUGCAGAAGCAGGUGCAUGUGCCCCUGGUUCAGACGGUGCAUCGUCCGGUGGAGGUGCCGCAGAUCGAGUACAUCGAGCCUCGGCAAAGCAGUGACGACGUUCGAGCAUACACCAGGAUGGCACCAAAGUCCCAGCAGUCUAGGUAG